AUGUUGAGCACAGCACCUGCAGCAGACGCCCCGCUCUCCGGCUUUGAAAGGAAAUUGAGCACUUCAAUCCAGCGUCUUCGGGCCAAUAGCAUCCACCAUGAACGCACCUCCAAGUCUAGCGAACACUCAAAGUCACAGCUCUAUCUCCACAGAUUGAAGUCAGUUAACCGCCAUGGAGGCCACAACUUGAGCAACGACGAGGCUCUUUUCUUCCUUUCGUUGCCCGACAAGAUCCGCCGUCUUCACUUCACAGCAGAGGAGAACAUUCUAAUGCGGGCCGCAUGCGAGUUGCAGCUUUCCAGGCCUCCUCGCUACGACAGCGUUCGUCCACUCCCUCUCAGAUCUUGGACCGACGGAGGCGCUUCGAGCAGCCACAGCUACGCUAGUUCAUCUAUCAACCGCCACACUAUGGCCGGACCGGUCUCUCUUCCUUCAACCCCAACCACCUUUGAUGGUAGAUACCCAUCAGUCACUAGCAGUCGCAACUCGUCUCGUCCUCGCACAGAAUCAAUCGUGUCUUCCAACGCCUCUGUCCGACCCUUCAAUCCACUGGGCUGUCAUCCUCUUGGAGGCUCGCCUACAACCAUCAUGUCCCAGAGUCCUUUCGAAUACACCAAAGUCGCUACAAAGAUCCCUGAUACUCCAAGCUCCACGACUAGACAGUACCUGGACCCCAAGACUAGGAUGUUGAUUCGACAGUGCACCUCCUCACCCGAAGCAUUCGACGAGGUUGUCAACUUUGGAUACCACACCGAAGAGGAUUUCCCUGCUACCAGCUCGACCACGGCUUCUGAUUAUCAGUUCGAUGAAGGCUUGAGUUCGUCAGACGGCAUUUCUGACGAGGACGAAGACGAUUUCACACUUGACUCGGAUGACGAACCCUGGACUCCCGGCUCCGAUGAUACUCUGGCUACUAGCUGGGACAUGCACUCGCCCACCUACUCUCCAGUUCAGCGCUUUGACAGCAGCUGCUACCGCCCCAAGCAACGCCCGAUGACUUUGCGUGUCACUUUGACCAAGCCCGAGAACAGAGUCUUGGAUGACUCUCCUGUUCGUGCAGCAAAGCCAUUCCAGCCUUACCACUCGGGCCUGAGGGUUGAGGAUCCUCUAGCACUCGAACAACUCACUUUCUCGGACGACGUUACUGGAAAGUAUGGAGCCUUUGCUGUUACCCCUACCAAGGACAGCAGCAAGAUGAAGAAGCUGUUGAAGAGAUUGACAUCACCUGCUUUCUGA